AUGCUGGGGCCCUUUGGCUUGGCUCUCGAGCUCAUCAACUUCGCACUGAGUAUGCUCAUCUUCUUCGCGUACAUCGCUGAGCUCUAUGAGCAGAGCAUUUAUUACUCGGACUCGCGCACUGCAGUGGAGAUGAUUGUCACAGCAUUCUUCAUCUUCGACUUUGGCCUGCACAUGUUUAUUGCAGCUGAGCCGUGGAAAUUCGUUUUCUCCGCGCAAGGCAUGAUCGACCUCGUCACGAUUAUCCCGUCACUGAUAGUGUUCAUUGACCCAGCGAGCCGUUCAGACUUGAUGUUCGUGUUUCGCGUGCUUCGCAUUUUUCGGGUUCUGCGCGUGUUGCGGUUGGCUCACUAUAUUAAAUUCAAGAAGCAUGGCUUCGAAUACGAGCUUGGUGUCUUCAUUCUGUCGACGAUCGCUGUCAUUCUAUGCGCAGCAGGGAUAUAUCAAGCACUGGAAUCCGAGCAAUACGGAGAAGGCGAAAAACUGGAGUUCCACGACUCGCUAUAUUUUGUCCUAGUGACCGUGUCGACAAUAGGAUAUGGCGAUAUCACACCACGCACUUUGUUGGGCCAUGUCUUCGUGAUUGUCAUGAUCAUUGGAAUUUUCACGAUUAUCCCGGCCGAGGUGAACAAACUGAAUGUUCUGGCGAAGCAAAGCAACCCGUGGGAUAAAGAAGUUGUUGUGAAGUCGUCGGGGCACGUCAUUGUCUCCGGGUACAAUAUUUCGGCUAGCUCCGUCCUGGAGUUUCUUCAAGAGUUUUAUCACCCGAGUCGCGGUUCGAUUCAUUUAGAUGUGGUGUUUAUGAGUGACGACCCCCCAUCCUCAGAGCUGCUUUGUAUCCUCGAAAAACAAAAGUACCGGCGACGGACUAGCUAUCUGAGGGGAAGUUUGAUGAAGGAGCGAGAUCAGUGUCGAGUGAAGAUGGCCUCAGCAACGGCAGUGUUUUUCUUAGCCAACAACCGACACGAGCCUGCGCAGCAAGACGCCGCAACGAUUCUACACGCAGUCUCAAUCCGAAAUUACGCUGAUAGUUGCGGAAAGCACGUGGAUAUCUAUGUGCAGCUACUCUCGAGGGUAUACGAGUACGAGAUGUCGUCCGUCUUACUUGGUGCAAACGCCACGAAGACGUCUGAGCUGAAAGAUAUGCUGUUAGCCCGCGCAGCUGUGUGCCCUGGAUCCAGCACUCUCAUACUUAACCUAAUUCGCUCGUAUCAUUUGGGUCAAUACGCCAAGUGGCGGACGUGGGGUAAGGCGUGGAUUCACGAGUACUUGGAUGGGUUGACGUAUCAAGUUUUCCCAAUCAUAUUCUCAUCUCGCUUCGGUCACCGCAAAUUUGGAGUGGUAGCUCGUCAUAUUUACGAAAAGUAUGGGGCACUACUUAUCUCGGUUCUCAGCCAAAAAGCUUGUGAAGAUCUCGGUAAUCUAUCUUCUGAAGGAACGCACGCUGCUGGUGUCCAGCUGGCUCCAUUUCGAACGGCUAUCCGGGAAGGCGAUAUUGGCUUCAUCAUUGCUAGAACAGCAUCCGACGUUAUACGUAUCGUUGGCACGUAUGGAUAUUGGGAGGGGGAGUCAGAAGGAGAUCUCAGAGCCUCAUCGAGUUUGCUCACUGCUUCAGUGCGCGUUUCGUCAGACACGUUGUGGCGGAGGCGAUCACCACGCCAUCGUUUUCAGCCUACUACUCGGUCAGCUUCAGUUCGAAAUCUUCAAUUGAAUUUGUCCGAGCAGACAGAGCGAAACCGAUGGGAAGAACCUGUGGAGACCCUAUCGAUGCCUUCGGUAGUAAACUCACCUUCGAAUGGCAGCUCGCUACAGGCAGCCAUCCUGUCCAAAGACGAAAUAAAGAUUGAAGCAGUAUUUGAGAGAGACCACCUCCGAUCUCAUGUAAAGGGGCGGUCAGGCCACUACGUUAUUUGCUCGAGAAGCUUGUCGGAUGCAGUAUCGAUCGGCACAUUUCUCCGACUUUUCCUGAUGGCGUACAAACCGACAGCAAAAGAUUUAAUGAUCGCAGCAGAAGAAAGCAGUGCGGAUUUACUUCGCAAUGUGCUGGUUGUGGUGGGGAGUCCAGCUCGGACCAAUGAUCUAGUUCGAGUGGAGGCUACGAGGGCCCAACAAUUGGUGAUAUUACCGCUCGACAAAAGUAUAUCAGAAGAAAGCGAUGAACUCUCAUCGACCUACCAAGUGUCUGAAUUCGGGCUUAGUGGUCAAAACGCCUGGACAGAUGACGAGCGAAUGGCCGACUUCGGCGUUGUUUGCUCGCUACUGGAAAGUGACUCAAAAGCCUCUCCAACUCGAAUAUCGUUCAAGCGUGAACUGGAACAGGGUAUCCCGCGGGAAAGUGCGAAGCUAAGAGCACUUGGCCGCUUUCCUGGCUUAGAUCCUGGUAUCUUUCGCGAAAAGUCUGAUGUAGUUGACACAGAGCAUCAGCACCACGAUUCGCAAGCAGAUGAAGGAAAACCUGCUGGUUCGAGCCCCUCGUCAACAGUUCAAGUGACGAAUACGUUGUCUGUCUUGCACUACGCAUGCAACGCAAAGCUCUGUCGCCCAUGCGAUGAAGCCGUCCAAGACGAGUUCCCAUCGCUAACUCCAUCAUUUGCUGGAGGUAACAUCUUCCUAUCCAGUCUCUUGAACCGAAUUGUGUGCCAGGCAUUUUACAACCCCUACAUCACCGAUGUGAUCGAAGUUCUGGCAAACGGAAGUGGUGCAACGAGCACGGGCAAAAGUUCACAUGGAGUUCCAAAUUCGGGCAGUUCUACCGAAGGCCCCCACCGCAGACUUUUUGACGUGGAACUCGAGGACGAAUUCGUCGGUGGAUUUUUCAUUGAUGUGUUUCUGGACUUCAUUUCGAGGGAGAUGUUGAUUAUCGGCGUGUUGCGGCAUACCCACUGCGAGUUGGAGAAUUUACUUCCAUUUGUCUACACUUGCCCCAGUCGGACAACUGUAAUGCACUCGAAGGAUCGACUUUUCGUGCUCGGAUGA